AUGAGUGAAACAAUUGGUGAACAAUUUGAUACUAAUGGAGAAAUGGAUAAUGUCUAUAAUCAAUUAAGAGAUGGACGCAAACUUUGCCAAUUAAUGAAUACUAUUGUACCAAAUUCUAUUCCAAAAGUCAAUAGUGGUGAAAAUAGUUUUAAAUUAAUGGAAAAUAUUGCGCGUUUUGGUCAAGCUGCUCGGGCUUUUGGAUUAUCGGAUUCUGAAACAUUUCAAACAGUUGAUCUCUAUGAAAAAAUGAAUCUUCAUCAAGUUGUACUUUGUCUUUUUGCACUUGGUCGAAAAGCUCAAAAACAAGGUAUGCGCGGUUUAGGUCCAAAAGAAAGUGAUAAAAAUGAACGAAUAUUCUCACCAGAAACAAUCAGUCAGGGCAAUACUGUAGUCAGCACUCAGUAUGGUUAUAAUAAAGGAGCAUCACAAUCUGGUAUCAGUUUUGGCAAUACACGCCAUAUGUAA